GUUUCUGUGUGCCAAAAAAAGCAAGCGCAACACCUUGUUGUUGUUUUGCCUCUUCGCUUUGUGUGUUGUGCCACCGACCCACCGCAUCAACAACCAUGGCUUCUGCAACCAAGAAGCAGGCCAAGAAAGGCCAGCAGCAGGAGGAGGGCGCUGUCUUUCAGGAGGACUUUGAGCCAACGCCCUUUUGGGUGGCGGUGAUGACGUACCUUGGAUACGCGGUGCUCUUCCUGUACGGCCGCCUUCGCGACUUUAUGCGCAACCACAACUUCGAGCAGUCCAAGACCGCCAAGGAAAUGAGCAAGAUGAAGAGCUUCCCGCCACUGUACCGCGACUUUGAGGCGUUCUACACCCGCAACCUGUACCGCCGCAUCCGCGACUGCUGGAACCGCCCCAUCUGCAGCACGCCUGGCUCCACCUUCACCCUUGUCGAGCGCGAAUCAAAGGACCACGGAUGGACCUUCCAGCCCACGGGUGAGAAGAAGUCGUACAUCAACCUCGGAUCAUACAACUACCUUGGCUUUGCCGAGAACAAGGGCCCCUGUGCCGACGCCACCAUUGAUGCCAUCAAGAAGUACGGUGUCACCUACUCCAGCCCACGCGCUGAGCUCGGCACGAGUACAAUUCACAAGGAGCUUGAGGACUGUGUUGCUCGCUUCAUUGGCAAGGAGGAUGCAAUGGUCUUUGGCAUGGGAUUCGCAACAAACUCAACAAACAUGCCCGUCCUCGUCGGCAAGGGGUGUCUGCUGAUCAGCGACGAGUUGAACCAUGCCUCCCUCGUCCUUGGCGCCCGCCUCACCGGCGCAAAGAUCAAGGUCUUCCGCCACAACGACAUGGAGCAUCUUGAGAGCAUCCUGCGCACGUCCAUCAUCGAGGGCCAGCCACGCACGCACCGCCCCUGGCGCAAGAUUCUGAUUGUGGUGGAGGGCGUGUACAGCAUGGAGGGCUCGCUGGUGAACCUGCCGGAGGUCAUUCGCCUGAAGAAGAAGUACGGCGCGUAUGUGUACUUGGACGAGGCGCACAGCAUCGGCGCGCUCGGCCCAACCGGUCGCGGGGUUGUGGAGCACUUUGGCUGCGACGUGAAUGACAUCGAUAUCAUGAUGGGCACGUUUACCAAGAGCUUUGGGGGCGCUGGUGGCUACAUUGCCGCAGACAAGGUCAUUAUUGACCGCAUUCGCGCCCAUUCCCACAGCCAGCGGCGCUGCGAGGCGCUUGACGAGGUUGCUGAUCUGCUUGGACUCAAGUAUUCGCAGCACCACAAACCCCGCGCGUUCCGCGACAUCAAGCAGAUCGCCGCUGCCGCUGCCGACAAACUCUAG